AUGGCUGAAAAGACUCAGACCCCGGAUCUCGAGGGGGCUCACAAGCUCGGUAUGGUCGAGUCGGUCACCACGGACGCUUCUAUCCUGGACAAGGAGAGCGUGCUCAACGGCAAGCCCUCGCAGGGUAUCGCCGUGCUGCCCAACACCAUCAUCGAAGAGGCCGACGAAGAGGUUUUGAAGUACACCGAUGCGUCGGUCACCAUCACUCCCGAGGAGAACAAGCGUCUGCUUCGGAUCGUCGACAAGCGAGUCUUGACCAUCAUGCUGGGCACCUAUUUCUGCCAGAGUCUCGACAAGCAGAUCCUCUCGUUCGCUGCCAUCAUGGGCAUCCGCACCGACCUCAAGCUCAAGGGCCAGGAGUACAGCUGGCUGUUCACCUGUCUCUACCUCUCGAUUCUCUGCACUGAAGGCAUCCAGAACUACCUGGUGCAGCGCCUUCCCAUCAACCGAUGGCUCGGCUUCUGCGUUUUCGCCUGGGGUGUCUCGUGCUGCUUUGUCGCUCUCUGCCACAACUUCACCGGUAUUCUUAUUCUGCGAAUCUUGCUCGGAUGCUUCGAGUGCGUUUGCCAGCCUGCCUUUGUCGCUCUGUCCGCCAUUUGGUACAAGAAGGAAGAGCAGGCAAGAACAAUUACUCUGUGGUACUGCUGCAACGGUCUUCAGGCUAUGUUCGGAGGCUUGCUCGGAUUCGCUUUCUACCACAUCCAGCAUGCCGCACUCUCCUCGUGGAGGAUCAUGUUCCUCGUCCUCGGACUGCUCACUGUCGUCUGGGGUGUGGCCAUCGUAUACAUCCUUCCUAAAUCGCCCAUGACGGCUCGCGGCAUCUCUGACGAGGACCGAGUCAAGCUGGUCGAGCGCGUCCGAGGAAACCAGACUUCGGUGCAGAACAGGAAGUUCAAGUUGGAGCACGUCUGGGAGGCUCUCAAAGAUCCUCAGGCCUGGUGUCUCUUCCUGAUCAACCUGCUCAACACGAUCCCUACUGGUGGAUUGGGAUCCUACGGUAACAUCAUCAUCAAGACCAACCUGGGCUUCUCGGUGCUGCAGACCAACCUUCUCGGUCUUGCUCAAGGCUCGUUCCAGAUCCUUGUGCUCUUGCUCGCAGCCUACGUUGCCAAGAAGUGGAACCAGACCAUCCUCACGGCGAUUCUGUUCACUCUGCCCAACAUUAUCUCUGCGGUGCUUUUCCUGACCAUCCCCAACAACAAGUCUCACGCCGGAGGUCUACUUUUCGCGUUCUACAUGACCAUCUGCAUCCAAGCCCAGGCGACUCUUUCCUUCUCGCUUCUCAGCCGAAACGUCGGCGGCUCUACGAAGCGUGGCGUGGUUACGGCGAUGACCUUCAUUGGUUGGGCUGCUGGUAACUCGGCUGGCCCGCAGCUUUUCCAGGCCAAGGAUGCUCCUCUGUUCCGCAAAGCGUUCAUUGGCCAGCUUGGCUGCUACGUGGCCUCGAUCCUUGUGCUUCUGGGUCUGCGAGUGUACUACAUGGACCAGAACCGCAGGAAGCGCCGGGCCAACAACGUGCUCAAGGGCCGCGCCGAGGAUGCCGAGGACGAGAUCGACUUGUCCCAGGCUUUCCUCGACUUGACCGACAAGCAGAACAUCAACUUCCGAUACAGCUACUAA